AUGGACAGUUACUCGCUAGACAAUCGGGCAUGCCGCAGUCCUCGAACUCGAGGAACCUCAGCUAUUCGAGAAUACUUCGGGCUUACAGGAUAUGGAACCAAUAUGAUCGAAUGCGCGGACGAUAAUUUUUUCGAGGAAUUGGGUCGCUUGAACAUCAAUUGGAACAAAAUACCACCAGGGACAGAUGUUGAGCGGAUGCGACAUUGGAUUUCAACUGAUUAUACCGCGAUACCCAAGACGAGUUUCCUCCAUCGACAUAUACGAGAGCGGGUUCCAAUUGAACAGCAGGACGUUAAGGUCUGCUACGGAGAGACAUUCGACUUCACCAUGCGUAUCUACACGCCCCUUCGCGGUCGGUGCCAGCCUCGACCGGCUGUGAUAAUGUACCAUGGAGGAGGAUGGAUUCAUGGGGAUGCGACAAGCGAUGAGGACUUUGCUCUUCUCUUCGCUAGUGAGCUUGAUGCCCUCAUUGUCAGCGUUAAUUAUAGUUUGGCUCCCGAGAAUCCAUAUCCCAGGCCGCAUGAGGAUUGUUACGAAGCACUUAACUGGGUCAUGAGUAACGCUGAACGACUUGGGAUCAACCCAGCGAGAAUUGCCCUCUGGGGAUGUUCAGCAGGCGCAAACCUUGCGGCGGGAGUUGCUCUCCGCGAUAGCGAAGAGCACGCGCCUACACGUAUCAGACAAAUUCACCUUGUUGUUCCCGCCACCUGCUCUCCGGAGGUUCACGAAGGACCUCUCAAGAAAGUGUACGAAGCCCAAGAGGGGGUCGCCAAGUGGGAACUCUCUCUCGGAGAUGUCGCUACCCUCAUGAGAUACUAUGCUCCUCAAAAUCUCACUCAUCCUUUUGUAUCUCCCAUGCACUCGCAUCCCUCUGCGAACCAUCCUGCUACUCAUAUCACUGUCGCUGGUCUCGAUGUGUUACGGGACCAGGGCAUAGCGUAUGCUCUUCAUCUUCGAAAUUGUUUCAAUGCCCCCCAAAUAAGCCCUCAGUCGGGAUCGAAUUACCAUGCACCUUGCUCCAGGUGCGCUCGUCUUGGGAAACCAUGCAUAUACGAGAAGGCGCAUCGCAGCAAUAUUCAGAGCUCCAGACAAGACAGUGUUCAUUCAAUAGAUGUCCACGAUGAGUUGCGAGAAACCUCUUCGACUUUCCAAGAUGAUCACAUCAUAAGCCAGGAAGCAAAUCGACAGCAUUGCGAAAAUGAGUUUUCAUCCACCAAUUCCGUCGGUCUUGAAAAUUUGUUUGAUAUUGUUGCUGAUGAACCGGUCAAUUGGCUGGAGCCCCGUCUGGAGGCUGAACAGUCCAUCAACGAUGGGCUGGAUUGGCCAUCGAUUAUCGACUUCUCUCUCGAGAUGACAGGCAAUAACACCAUGCAGAGUAUUACUCCAUCAGUCAUGCCCUCCACAUCUUUGCACCAGAAAUACGGCCACGACGUGGAAAAAUUUCUUCAAGAUACCUACGUAAUCCUCCCAGUAGUGGAUAAAGGACAGCUCUGGGAUCAAAUUCUGACAAACGGCACUGAUCAUGGCCUGAGGACUCUCCUGGAAGCGAUUCGGAUGGUGAACCUUGGAACCCUCUUCAGGAAAACCCCCAAGAAGGAGACAGAAGACGCUCUGGUCGCUCAGGUCAAACAUGUGGAGACGUUACGAUCCGAGGAAGACUUUAGCGAAUCUCCAAAUCUUGACACGGUUGCAGUGUCUCUCUUUUUGUUCUGUAUGUACAACGUGCUGUGGCGUCAUAACCGAGCAUUUCUUUACCUAGGAGAGGCUUGCGACCUGUUCGGCUUGGUCUCUCAGAAUCUUGAAGAAGAUGGAGCCUCGGACAUUCGUCUGCUUCGCCGUCUAGCGAGACUUGACCUAGUCCUGUUCAACACCGAAGUGGCCACAUACUCACUCUACUCCAAAGCCUCACAUAGACGCCGAAAGCGGGCAUGUGAAAGUGGUGCUGCUCUGAUUCGGGGCGACCGUGGCGAGGAUACGCUUGAACGGGUGGCAGACGAUCUCCUUCUUCACCUUACAGAAAUCCACGAGAUUUCUAAUUCAGAUCUUGAUGUCACUCGCAACAACCAAGAUGAUCACGAUGGUUACGAACCGAUCGACCUUUCCUGCUUUGCCGAAGAGCAAAGCUCCCCCUCGAUUCGAAUGCAGACCGCGGACGUCAUUAUUUCUGACCACUGGCGCGCAUUGGAAAGCCUUGUCACUGAAACGGAUAACGUCUCAACAAGCGCCGUUAUUCCGUUGAUUUCUCUGCGGGAGGCUUCUCGAAGAUUGACAGAAAUGGUCUGUCACAGAGCUUCAGCAACUCUGGCUUGUAUCUGCGCUCUAGAUGAGGGCAGUCUCCGAGUCAUCGGCCUCGGGAAGCUUACCAGCAUAGUUAAGAGUAUUAAACAUCUGACUAUGGAGCGUAGGAGGCGGGCUGAGCCCACCCAAUGCAAGAACUUAAUGAGUGGACUGGUAUUGACCAUAGCCAAAGCCGACUACGAGCGGAACUUUGUGGCGGAACUUUCCGGUUGUAUUGACCUCAUCAAAAGUACCGGCUUGUACUCGGGCCCUCGGUUCGUAUCUCGAAAGGGCAGAGGCCUGGCGAAGCACGACGAAAAUUCAGAUACCGGUCACAGAUAUCCCAUGUCCCUUGGGAGCGAUGUGGUCGAAGGAUAG